UUCUUCUUUCUCUCUUUUUUUCUUCUAAUAUUUAAUUAUCAAAAUUUGUUUUUAUAGAUGAUAUAAAAAUUCGUUUUUUGUGUUGACGACUUGCAUUAUUGCAUAUACAUAGGCAGCACAAAAUCCUUUUGUUGAGUCAGUGAGAGAAAGAGAGAGAGAGGGUGUCAGUGAUGCCCUUUUGCUUGAUCCCUCAUUUGUCAAGAUAAUAAGGAGAGGGUACAUAACUUGGUGGUGAUUUGAUACACAAGAAGAAUGUUGGGUCGGGCUGCAUUUUCCCGAACUGGGAGUUUCAGGCCUGAGAAUUUAGGUCAGAAUGCCAUGGCCAUGAUUGGGAACGUUUGCUUCUCAUUUUUUGUUUUUGGGGUUUUGGUUUUCACCAUUAUGGCUGCCACUUAUGAACCUGAGGAUCCCUUGUUUCACCCUUCAACCAAGAUCACCACAUUCCUCACUUCCAAAUCCAAUGCCACUUUCAAGUCUGAUAACAGUGUUGUGAGAACAGGGGAGGAUUUCAUGGCUGCUAAUGAAACUGUGUUUGGGUCCAUUAUCAACUCAACUGAUGUUGAUAUCUUUGCUAGUGCCGAAAUUACUGAUGCCGGCGAUGCGGCCGCUGCUUCUGAUUGUGAUGUUAGUGGCCCUAUUGAUUGUAGGGACCCUGAGGUGUUUCAUUUGAUGAUGAGGGCAACAAUUGAAAAGUUUCAGGACAUCCAUUUUUACCGAUUUGGGAAGCCGGUUCGUGGUUCCAAUGAAAGCACUUGUGAUAUGGCGUGGCGGUUUAGGCCGAAGGAAGGGAAGGCUGCUGCGUUUUAUAAGGAUUAUAGGAGAUUUGUGAUUGAUAGGUCUGCGAAUUGUUCACUUAGUGUUGUUAGCAUUGGGGAGUACCAUACUGGUGUCAAUGCAAGGAAGAGGAAGAAGCAUCAGAAAGCUGGGUUAGAGAAGACGCCACUGGAUAUGUACCAGGCGAACACGUUACCUGUUGUUGGAGAGAUUGUUAAUGACAGCCUCCCUGUGGUUGAGUCUGAAAGUUCGUUUAGUCAUGGUAAAUACUUGCUUUAUGAGGGUGGUGGAGACAGGUGCAAGAGCAUGAAUCAUUACUUGUGGAGUUUCUUGUGUGCUCUUGGGGAAGCUCAGUACCUGAACCGAACAUUGAUUAUGGAUUUGAGCAUAUGUCUGUCUUCGAUUUACACAUCAUCGAAGCAGGAUGAGGAGGGAAAAGAUUUCAGGUUCUACUUUGAUUUUGAGCAUUUAAAGGAGGCAGCGUCUGUAUUGGACAAGGAGCAGUUUUGGGCAGAUUGGAACCAAUGGCAACAAAAAGAUGGGAUGAGUCUUCAUCUUGUGGAGGAUUUCAGGGUCACGCCCAUGAAGCUUAUGGAUGUGAAGGAUGCCUUGAUCAUGAGGAAGUUUGGAUCUGUCGAGCCGGAUAACUACUGGUAUAGAGUCUGUGAAGGAGAGACAGAAUCUGUUGUGCAAAGGCCGUGGCAUUUGUUAUGGAAAUCAAGGCGGUUGAUGGAUAUAGUGUCUGCAAUAUCUUCAAAGUUGAACUGGGACUAUGAUUCUGUUCAUGUUGUGAGGGGGGAAAAGGCAAGGAACAAGGAGCUUUGGCCAAAUCUUGAUGCACACACCUCCCCUGAUGCGCUUCUCUCAACCUUGCGCGACAAGAUUGACGAAGGAAGGAACCUCUACAUUGCAACAAAUGAACCUGAUACAUCUUUCUUUGACCCUCUGAAAGAUAAGUAUACCACUCAUUUUCUUGAUGAGUACACGGAGCUUUGGGAUGAAAAUAGUGAAUGGUACUCUGAGACAACAAAACUCAAUAAUGGCAUUCCAGUUGAAUUCGAUGGUUACAUGAGAGUGUCCAUUGAUACAGAAGUGUUCUUUAGAGGUAAAAAGCAGCUUGAAACUUUCAAUGAUUUGACCAGUGAUUGCAAGGAUGGUAUUAAUACCUGUAAUGUUGCAGCAAACUAAUGUGAGAUUUGGAACUGCAAUGCUUGAUAUAUUGAAAUAUACUCUCAUAGUCUCAUGUACUUUUAGCUGUUAUAUGUGUUGCAUUUGAGAAUUUGUAUCCUUUAGCCUUAGCAGUGAGGAGUAAAAUUGUUAUACUUUUGUAUUGUAAGAGUAGUGACUACUUGGAAGUUUUGAUGUUCUUAAUUUAAAUUUGGUUCGUUCAUAAAUCCCUUAUGUCUAAGUAUUAGCCUUGUGGAUGACUGAAA